UAUAAGACGUCAUCACCCAGUUAUUGAUUAAUGAUUAGCAUCGGCAAUUGAGCAAGAAAGGCAUUAGCGUCCUAUUAAAAUGGCGGCUGCAGAAAUAGUAUCAAAUACUUCUAGUAUAUCAAAAAUAGAAAGUUUUUUAAAUGACCCAAGCUAUAAAGAAAUUAUUGAAAACUCAUCUACAUUUAAUUCAAGACUAUGUGCAGAAAGAAGGAUGCGGAUGCCAUUUAUCGAUACCCAAACUGGUGUUGCACAAAGCCAUUCAAAUUUAUUUAUGACAAAAAAACAGCGAAUGCCUGGAGCAAAAGAAGGACAGGUUUACACAUAUCCAUCUCAACGAUGGAGAAAAGCCCGUCGUCAAUACCUGACCAUGUCAUCAACUCGCUGGGGUUGGAUUGGUGCUGAUGCUGCUGAACAUGUUGGAGAAGGCGAAAACAGUUCUGGAAUACCAGACGGUCUUGGGGGUGACGAUAGUCGAGAUGGAUCUCAAACAGCUGCAAAAGAUGAUCCCAAGGAAUGGUUCUAUGAUGAACUAGCCAUGGAAGAGAUGGAAACAGGUGAAGAGCCUGAAGCAGAAUCAGAUGAGGAUUACUAUGAUGACACAUAUGCAAAUAGACGUAAGCGUCGUGGAGGUGUUACGCCAAGUGGACCAGGCUCCAGGGGUGGACGUACACGCAAAUCUCAGCCUGAGGAAGGAACGCCUAAGCGAGGACGCGCUGGUCGAGGUCGCAAACGAGCAGGUCAAGGUACGCUCCCAUAUGAAGUACCUGGUGAUGCUGAGAAACCCUUCGGCUGCGAACUGUGCGGUGCGAAAUACAAAACUCGUCCCGGUCUGACAUACCACUUUACGCACACACACAAGGAGCCAAGCGGCGGCGCAGGCGCAGCCGGCAGUGACAAUGACUCACGUGACAGUCGGCCAGCCAAUUCGCCAGCUCCUAACCAACCUGCCACAGAGUAUCAGGACAGCUAUGUCACGUUUCUGAAUAAUCCUGCUGGAGCUCCUUCAACUGUGUCAGCUCCUACGCCCCCCGCACGUCGCCCGUCCCCCCCGCCGCGGCCCGCCUCAGCCGAUACGUCAUCAUCGGACUCUGCGCAUGCGCCUCUGGUUCCACCUCAGCCUGCAGGGCCCACCGCCGGCGGAAGCACUGUCCGUGAAAGCAAGAAGGGCCCUGAUGGAAAGCCAUCACCAUCCCCAUAUUGUGACUUCUGUCUUGGCGACGACCGUGAGAACAAAAAGACCGGCAUUCCCGAAGAGCUGGUCUCUUGUUCCGACUGCGGCCGAUCAGGUCACCCCACAUGCCUGCAGUUUACAAAGAACAUGAUGGUUUCGAUGCGCAAAUACCGCUGGCAGUGCAUCGAAUGCAAGUGCUGUUCGGUCUGUGGGAACAGCGAUAACGAUGACCAACUAUUAUUCUGCGACGACUGUGAUCGCGGUUACCACAUGUACUGCUUGGCGCCGCCUCUCGAAACCCCACCAGAAGGAUCGUGGUCAUGCGCGCUUUGUAUUAAGGAGUUCCAUCUGAAGGAGUGAGGUCGAUAAUGCAACAAAUACUUAUACGUAAAACGCAGUGAGGGCGCAACGCCAUUUUGUAUGAGUCAGAUGUAUAAACUAUGUUGCCAUAGAUAAUGUAGAUUGUAGAGUUAGACUGGGCCGAGUGCGGUUAGUCUGUGGUCCAAUUCAUUGUAUUAACAGAGUUCAUUUUACAAUAUUAUUUUAAUUAAUUAAACAUAUGUUAAUGACAAUUUUAAAAUCAUGUUUUAAUUUACUAGCUUUUACAUAUUGUAACUGGCUUAUGUAUAUUAAUAUAUCUUAUCAGCUGGACACAGUUAAUACAAUUGGGGUCAUAAAGCUAAAACGGUAUUUCUACAAUUUUUAACUAAAACAUUGUCUCUUUUUAAAAUACAAUUUUACCUAAAGAGAUAAAUGUUUCAAAACAAUGCUAUAAGACUGAUUUAGCUUAUUUAUUAUGUUGUAGGCAUCUGUUGUAAUAAAUCAUGUUUUGUACGAAAUUUUGUUGGACCACAGAUUAAAUUGUACAUUUUAUGCUUUUGUACAUAUCGCCAUUUUAGUUAGAAUUUUUUCCGAUAAAUGUAAAAGUUUAUUGACCGAACAAAAAUUUAUUUAUACCACAAAUACUUAUAGAUACGAACUGUGUAUAAAAUUAUGAAUUCAAAUCAUAAUAAAAAGCUGUAGGUUCCAAUAUACGACCGGUUUUAAACCACUUAAAAAUCAAGUUUUAGAUGAUUGACGCGGUCAUUAUCGACGCAACUAGUAAAAUGUCAAGGUCAAACCUCUGAUUAUUUAAGAGCCCGCUUGUCUAUGAUUUAGAAAUCGAAUGAUAGCUUCAUUUAAUUUACUAAGGGGCCGUUCAAGUAUUACGUAAACAGACUUACUACAAUUUGUGCCCCCCCCCCCCCCAUUCUCCUGUCAACAAAAGUCGAAAAUGCAUUUCCUUUUCAAGCAUAGACAAUGUGUCGGUAAUAUGUGUAAAUAAUUACUCUUGACGUAUUUACCAAAUUCCUUUCCCACCCCCCUUCUCCCCCUUGCUUACGUAAUACUUGAAAGACUGAAGUUUUUUUUUAAAUUUAACAGCGUUUAAAUAUCGAUUGAAAUAAAAUUUCCGCGAAAACGCGCGGUGUCACCAAUUGUCAUCGAUGUUUGUUUUUCUUUUCUUUUUUUUUUAUUCAUCAACUGACUAACCGUCGCCUUAAAAUGUUAAUAAUUGAUAUAAAAAUUGUGAAUUUCCAAAGUCGAUAUAAACAUUUCGUAUAAGAUAAACGUAAUUUUGAAGAGUCAUAUAAUAUAUAAGACACUCGGCCUAAUACUUACAGUUGAUACACAUAGCAUUUCUACCUCUACCGGUGCUUGCUUUAGCUACUUUUUUUCUAUAGCAGGCUUGUAUUUUUCAACGGAAUUUGUUGAGCCACGGUGGAAUAGUACCAUAAAAUUAUGUACGCGUAACGCCUUUAAAAAAAAACAUUCCUUGGAAAAAUCUAUAAUGAUCAUAUAUUAUCAUUAAGCUAAAAAAAUAUUUGUUUUGUAGUAUUUUUUUUUUGUUGUCAUUUUUUAUUUUGGUCAUUAAUGCUCAUUAGAGACACAUUGGCUUUUAAGUGUUAUAUUGAAUGGUUAACAUGAAUAUCGGUUCGGAUGAUGUUGACCCCAGUACAUGUCUUCUAAUUUUUAAACCCGUACGUAGAGAGUACAGUAUUUUUUUAAAGUGUAAUUUUGUCUGCGGUUUAGUUGGGAUUUUUUUUAUUAAUUCUUUCAACUGUAUACCGUUCUCUGUUGCGUGUGAAUUGUAAUUCUCAUUUAUUCUGAUAAAAUGCUGAGUUGUAUUUUGCGCGAAUGUGUGAUCUUUUUUCAGAUUCUUGUAAACUUAAAGUACCAUUUAUGGUUUCCUUUCUUGAAAGGUGUUGUAGAUAUUGGUAAGACGGCUCUGUGAUCGAACCAGGUGGUUGUGAAUUAGCAUGGAUUUAUAUUUUUUUUAGCUUUUUAGCGUAGAAGUAUCCGAAUUUUUGCUUUAAUCUACGAACAAUUCCAGAUUUUUUUUGAAAUUUUUAUAAUUUGUAGAUUUUAAUGCUUUAUCUGAUACAUUGGUAGAGGAAUAGUUGCUUAUAAUGUUUUUAUUUUAUUGUAAAAUUGGAAGCCAUUUUUUUCGAUUGUAACUCUACUAGGUGUAACAGAAAAAGCGCAAAUGCCGGCUCUAAUUUUAAUAAUGUAUAGAGUUAAAUGUAAAAUAAGAUUUCCAGAACUUAAGUGUGUUGACGUAAAUAAAGCACUUUGACGUA